AUGGCCCGUCCGGCUGCCGCGGUUCUACUCAGUGCGCUGACUGUCGCGCUGUUCACACUCUUGGUUAUCGUCCUAGAAGCGCCCAAGUUGUCGCAUCCACCUGCCUUGGGACGUCUGGAGGCGAGAAAUGUGGUCAAACGGGCGGGGACGACCUAUCUACUUGGAGUCGGCAAGGCGGACCUCACCGGUCCGGUCGUCGAACUCGAGUUCAUGGGCUACGCCAACUUGACGCAAAUUGGGACCGGCCUACGUCAGCGAAUAUAUUCUCGUGCCUUUAUAAUUGGCAACCCUGAUGUGCCAGCCGACAGGAUCCUCUAUCUUGUCUUGGACACGGCUACGGGCGACUCCGCUAUUCGAGAUGGUAUCCUUCGAGGCCUCGCAAACAUGGGUCCCGCUUAUCAGAUGUACACCCGCCACAAUGUUGCCGUCACCGGAACUCACCAGCACUCGGGACCGGCGGCGUGGAUGAACUAUCUCCUCCCUCAAAUUACGAGCAAAGGGUUCGAUCACCAAAGCUAUCAGGCUAUUGUGGACGGCGCCCUCCGCUCGAUCCAGCGCGCACACGAGAACAUCACAACGGGUCGCCUUGAUGUUUCUCUCGGACGAAUUUCGGAUGCGAACGCCAAUCGAAGCCCUUACGCAUACCUCGCCAACCCCGAAUCCGAACGAGCGCAAUAUGAGGAUGACGUGGACAAAGCUAUGACCUUGGUUCGAUUCCAACGAGAGAGCGACGGCAAAAACAUGGGUAUCUUGACGUGGUUUGCAGUGCACGGUACCUCGAUGUUGGGGAACAACACCAUUGUCACGGGGGACAAUAAGGGAGUCGCGGCCUCUCUUCUGGAGCAAGCCAUGGCUUCCGACUCCAUGGCCGCACCAGGUUUCGUGGCAGGAUUUUCACAGUCCAACGUCGGAGACACCACUCCCAAUGUCUUGGGGGCGUGGUGUGAAGAUGGAUCGAAUCAACAAUGUGCAUUCGACACCUCUACCUGCGGUGGAACCAGCCAGGCAUGUCACGGCAGAGGCCCGUACUACGGUCGCGAUGAUGGAGGCACCGACAGCUGCUACGAAAUAGGGCGUCGUCAAUAUCGCGGCGCCGUGGACAUUUUGUCCCACAUGUCGACCGAGGGUACCCCAAUCACCGGAGAUGUUACCCGGUCAUUCCACACCUACGUCGACCUCUCGAGCCUCAGCUUUCCCCACCCCAGUCACGGCAGCAUUGUCCGAACUUGCUCGGCAGCCCUGGGCUAUUCUUUCGCAGCUGGUACCUCGGACGGACCGGGUGCGUUUGAUUUUACCCAAGCCGACAACAACACUGGUGACAAUCCGAUUUGGGGUGUUGUUGGCUCGUUCCUCCACGCCCCUACCGCCGAUCAGCGAGCUUGCCAGGCUCCCAAGCCGAUUCUCCUAGAUGUGGGCGCGUCGACAAUUCCGUAUCAAUGGAGCCCCAAUAUUGUCGACAUCCAGAUGAUGCGCGUCGGACAACUGCUCAUGAUCAUCUCCCCCGGCGAGGCGACAACCAUGUCUGGUCGCCGGUGGCGCAAUGCUAUCGCCACUGAAGCAAAGUCUUUGGGUCUGAUUGGCGAUUCGGUAGAGCCCGUCGUCGUGAUCGGUGGUCCAUCCAACACGUACACACACUACAUCACCACGGAAGAGGAGUACGGCGUCCAGCGAUAUGAAGGCGCCUCGACACUGUACGGUCCUCACACAUUGAACGCGUACAUCAACCUAACAGUGGACCGGCUGGAUUACCUUGGUCAGACUCGACCGAAUCCACCACUGGCGCUGGGGCCUAAUCCUCCGAUAAACAUCAACAACUCGCUCAGCUUCAUCGCACCCGUGGUGUACGACUCAUCCGGGAGCCAAAGUUUCGGCGACGUGAUCCACGAUGUUGAAAGCCUCUACACCAUCAACACCGCUUCCACGACGCCUGCUCCAUCAGUCAUCGCUAAUGUCACAUUCGUUGCCGCAAACCCCCGAAAUAAUCUGCAUCUGGAAGGUACGUACGUCGAGGUUGAAAGGGUCGAUGACAGCGGCCAUACUUUGGCCACAGUCCGCAAUGACGGCGAUUGGGAUUUAUGGUUCCAGUGGCGUCGUACGAAUGACAUUCUGGGCACUAGCGAGGUCGAUGUCUUUUGGGAAUUAGGGAAAAAAAUAGGCACGCCAAUUCAAGCGGGAAAAUAUCGAAUGAGAUAUCAUGGGGACGCGAAAAGUAUCUUGGGCACCAUCACACCGUUUCAAGGGGCAAGUGCAACUUUUGCUGUUCAGUGA